AUGACAGACACCGCCCUCCAACUCGCCGAAACCCUCCAAACCGCCUCCAUAAACCCCCGUCCUUCCCCCGCCCAUGACAUCAACCCAUCAACUGCAGUCGACGAAAAGGAACCAGUCGCAGCCACAACCAGCCGCCACCGCCUCCCCUCAGAUGCAACAUCUAUACCAUCAGACAUAGUCGAUCCCAGCCGGACGAUACGGCCUCUGCAGCGCGCACCCUUUCCACCCCUCCCAGACCUGCGCUUUGAGCAGAGCUACCUGGCCAGCUUGAAGGGGGCGCAGACCUGGCAGAGGGUUGUGUGGAUUACGGUGCGGGAUCAGAUCUUCCUACCCCUCAUCCAAGGAACACUGUGGACCCUUGCUCUCGCAGGUUGGCGCCAUUGGAACCGCGGCGCCCAAUUUACUGGCAGGUCCCUGGGGACGAGGAUACGCCGAUGGUGGUGGAACGUGAAUAACUGGAAGAUACCCCAGUCAUGA